AUGACAAAUUUACUGAUUUGUUUAUUUAGUUUAUUAACAGUAAGUGUUCGCACAACAACGCACAAGCGAUAUGGCUUUUUCGACUCACGCAUAGUAGGCGGCGAAAUUACAACAAUCGAUCGUGUACCUUAUUUGGUAUAUUUACGGCAAAAUGGUCAAUUUAGCUGCGGAGGAUCUAUAAUUACUAGCAGAUGCGUGCUGACAGCCGCCCAUUGCGUUCAUAAAAUAUCUCCAGCCAGUUUAACAAUUAACGCGGGGUCUAGUCGUUUAUCGGACGAUGCGCAUGUACGGCAAGUAGUGCAGACAUUUGUUUCACCAUUUUACUCAUCCGUCAAUCUAGAUAUGGAUGUCGCCAUAUUGAAAUUAAAUCAGACUUUAAAAGGUCCUUAUAUAGCUGCAAUACCGUUGUGCUCGAAACGACCUAAUGACGAUGCAAAGGUUAGAGUUUCUGGUUGGGGAAUAACUGAUGAAAACGGUCGUGAACCGUCUGAACAAGUGCGCACAGUAUUGGUGAACGUAUUGCCCAAACGACAAUGUAUUCAGGCUUAUGCCGGGCAAGCUCAGAUAACUGCAAACAUGUUUUGUGCCACUGUACCUGGCGAAAGGGAUUCAUGUUCGGGUGAUUCAGGUGGCCCUCUGGUCUAUCAGGGUCAACUUUGCGGCAUUGUAUCAUGGGGCUAUGGUUGCGCUCGUCCCCAAUAUCCUGGCGUCUAUACAAAUAUGGUUAGCCCGCGUGUGAAUGCUUUUGUUAAAACAAUUGUUAUGCAAAAUUGCUCGUAACAAAAAUGUCCGGAACCGUUAUAUAUAAUGAAAUUUAAUUUUAUAAAACACAGAUUUUCAAUAAAUUAUUAUCGUGAAAGUGAUGGAUGGAAAAGGGGGCAAAAGUCCGAAAGGCAAGUUCUCUUACGAGUCACCAAAAUAUUUAACGAUCCGUACCGUUCA